AUGCCUCUUCGACUUGAUGUAAAAAGAAAACUAUUGGCCCGUUCGGACAGGGUCAAGUGUGUCGACUUGCACCCAACAGAGACGUGGCUUUUGGCUGCCCUUUACAAUGGAAAUGUCCAUAUCUGGAACUACGAGACUCAGACUCUUGUGAAGUCGUUCGAGGUAAUUCUUUGACAUUUCUGAACACUCUUGCAUAACCGAAAGUAGCAGGUGUGCGAUGUUCCCGUCCGUGUAGCGAAGUUCGUAGCUCGCAAGAGUUGGGUCGUGACUGGAUCCGAUGACAUGCAUAUCCGUGUGUUCAAUUACAACACUCUCGAAAGGGUCCAUCAGUUCGAAGCGCACUCCGACUACCUCCGAUCUCUCGUCGUCCAUCCGACUCUUCCGUACGUCAUCUCCUCUUCUGAUGAUAUGCUCGUCAAGUUGUGGGAUUGGGACAACAAAUGGGCUAUGAAGCAGUCGUUCGAGGGACACACUCAUUACGUGAUGCAGAUCGCCAUCAACCCGAAAGACAACAACACAUUCGCCACCGCUUCUCUCGAUAAAACUGUCAAAGUUUGGCAGUUCGGAUCCAAUGUACCGAAUUUCACUUUGGAAGGCCACGAGAAAGGAGUUAACUGUGUUGACUAUUAUCACGGAGGAGAGAAACCAUACAUAAUUUCUGGAGCGGACGAUCAUUUGGUCAAGAUCUGGGAUUACCAGGUGAAUAAACGCGUUUGUUCGUAAAAAUGAGGAAAAUGUGUUUUUCAGAACAAAACGUGCGUCCAGACUCUGGAUGGACAUGCUCAAAAUGUGUCUUCCGUCUGCUUCCACCCAGAGCUUCCACUCAUUAUCACGGGAUCUGAAGACUCGACCGUGAGAUUGUGGCACGCUAACACCUACAGGUAACUAUUGUUUCGCCUAAACACUUUAAUAAAACCGUUUUGCAGACUUGAAACCACUCUCAACUACGGCUUGGAACGUGUUUGGUGCAUUCAAGCACAGAAAGGAGCCAACACUGUUGCUAUCGGAUACGACGAAGGAUCCGUCACAUUGAAACUUGGACGCGAAGAGCCGGCCGUCAGCAUGGAUUCAUCCGGAAAGAUUCUGUGGGCAAAACACUCGGAAAUUCAACAGGCAAAUCUGAAGACCAUUUCCGCCGAGGAAUCCGAAGCCAUUCAAGGUACUACCUUCAUUAUUUUCCACUAAACCAUAGAUGUUUGUAGAUGGGGAAAGACUCCCGCUCAACGUCAAGGACCUUGGUUCCUCUGAGAUCUACCCACAAACUCUCGCUCACUCUUCGAAUGGAAGAUUCGUCGUUGCUUGUGGAGAUGGAGAGUACAUCGUGUACACUGCGAUGGCAUUGAGAAACAAAGACUUCGGACAGGGACUCGAGUUCGUUUGGGCGAUUGAUCCGAACGUUUUCGCCGUCCGCGAAUCGGCAACCAAUGUGAAGAUCAAGAAGAAUUUCAAGGAUUACAAGGCGAUCAGAUCGGAUAUGGUGCUCGAAGGCAUUUCUGGAGGACCUCUCCUUGCAUUGAGGUGAUAUUUUCCAAGCGUUUGUUCGUUUUCAUCUAUUCCUAUUCAGAUCGAACAACUCUCUGUGCUUCUUCGACUGGGAGACUGCUCUUCUCGUCCGACGCAUCGAGAUCACGUCGAAAAACAUCUACUGGAGUGAUAACGGAGAGAUGGUUGCGAUCUGCGGUGACGAGUCGUUUUACAUUCUCAAGUACAACGCUGAAGCUGUUGCCAGUGCGACUGAAGUGACAGAAGACGGCAUUGAAGAUGCGUUCGAAGUGAUCGGAGAACAGGCGGAAGCAGUGAAGACUGGAUUCUGGAUCGGUGACUGCUUUAUUUUCACCACUGCACUGAACCGAAUCAAUUACUACGUGGGAGGAGAAAUCGUCACCAUCGCUCAUGUUGAUAGGCCUCUUUAUUUGGUGAGUUGUCUGCACAAUCCUUGAAUGAACGCAAAUCUUAAUCUAGCUUGGAUACAUGGCGAAGGAAUCUCGCGUGUACGCCGUCGACAAGGACCUCAAUGUUAUUUCGUACAAGCUGCUCCUGUCGGUUCUCGAGUACCAAACUGCCGUCAUGCGACGCGAUUUCGAUACUGCCGACAAGGUCUUAACGACUAUUCCGAAAGAACAGAGGACUCGAGUCGCCCAUUUCCUUGAGAAGCAAGGGUUCAAAAAGCAGGCACUGGCCGUCUCUCAAGAUCCUGAUCACAAGUAAUUUAUCUGUUGAAAGUGUUUUUACUCAUAGUUUUCUUUUCAGAUUCGAACUGUCCGUCGGUCUUGGAGACUUGAAGACUGCCUACGAACUGGCUCUCCAAUCCGAUUCCGAAGAGAAAUGGAAGGCUCUCAGCAAUGCCGCCACGCUUAAAUCCGAGCUUCUUCUUGCCGGAGAGUGUCUCGGAAGAGCCCGCGACUUUGGAGGACUGAUGCUCCUUGCCACGUGUGCUGGAUCAGCCCCACUUCUGCAGAAGCUUGCUGACGACUCAGCCGCCGCUGAGAGCCACAAUAUCAGCUUUUUGAGCAACCUUCUGCUCGGCGAUGUCGACAAGUGUCUCGAGUCUCUUAUCGCCACGGACCGCCUUCCGGAAGCAGCCUUCCUAGCUCGCACACGUGCUCCAUCGCAAGUGCCACGAGUUCUCGAGUUGUGGAAAGCGAAGGCAUCUCGCAACAGUGAGAAGAGCAGCAAGAAGCUCGGAGAGUCUCUCGCUGACCCGAUCAAAUAUGAGAACUUGUUCCCUGGAUUCGCCGAGUCUCUAAAGGCAGAAUCAUUCGUCCGUGAGAUCUCAAAAAUUCCCGUUCCCGCUUCGGUUCGUGUCCCAUCUGCUGCCAAUCGCAAUAUUCAAGAAGAACUCGAAGAGGCUCUUGCUUCUGGUGUCGUUUCAUUCACCGACGAAGGACAAGCUGUGCUCCGAAAUGCUCCACGGUCUACUGAACAGCUAAAAACUCCACCAGCAGUUGCUCAUCACCUGUCGCCUGUUCGUGUGCCCUCUCCUGUUCCCGUGCCUUCUCCCGUUCGUAAGCCUUCUCCUGUCCGUCAAGCUCCGCCACCACAACCUGAUUCGGAAGAAGAGCAAGAAUGCGGAGAAGAGGAAGAUGAAGUUCAUAUUCCAGCGGUAAGACUAUUAUAAAAAGUUCAUCCUGUACCUGAUAAGUUUCAGAACGACGAUCAAAAUGAGGAAGAGAGCUUCGGAACUUCGAAGACGCCUGAUGUCGUCUCGGAGACGAACCGUCCGGAUAUUGUUCCGCCACGGGGGUCUGCUGCACCUGAUCUCGUUUCUGCACCGUCACAACAAUCGGCCCCUGUUCAAGAAGUAAGUAACUGAUCAAAUCAACGAAGAUCAAUGUAUAUUUUCAGCAGGACGAUACGCAGUGGUCUGAUGAAGACUUUGGAGACGCAGAAGGCGGCGACCUGAACAUGGAUGAUCUGAACUUGGACGAGGAAGAUUGA